AUGUAUCGGGCCAAUAAAAUGUUUAACUUCCACUCCCCCAUGUCGGGUUUGGUUCUUGUUGAGUUUGAGGACCAGGAGGGCCGUAAAGUAUCGGAUCGGCUUCAAAUACCCGUUAAGAUACUUAGAUCACAGCUGCAAUUGCUUGCAAAUACAACCCUCUCGCUUUACAUUAAUGGCCAACCAGUCCUUGAGACGCUUGAGGAGACAUUGGAGUUGCUGGGAAUCUCGUCGGAAGAAGAGGUUAUAAAGAUUAGAAUGAGUGACGAAGAACCUGCAACACAAGCAGCCUUCCAUUGCUCCUCGUCGUUCAGUGGGCAUGAAGGCCCUGUCCUUUGCGUGAGGUAUGGAGGAGUGAUUGUCACUGGAGGAGGAGACUCUACAGUUAGGUUUUGGGACGCAAGAACAAAGACGCAGAGUAAAAUAGUCAAAAGACACACCCAUUGGGUUUUGUCUCUUGAUGUUUCUCCCGAUGGAAGAUAUGUUGCUAGUGGAGGGCUUGAUGGAGGUGUUAACCUCUAUUCCAGAGAAGGUGAAUACAUUAGAAGUUUCCUUGGACAUAGAAAAGGAGUGGUGGCAUUGAAGUUUUACAAGGAGAGUCUAGUUACGGGGUCAAGAGACAAUUCUGUUGUGGUAUGGAAUUUGAACGGAGAAGUUCUUCUUUCCUAUGCUCACACAAUGCCUGUUACAUGCAUCUGUUCUGGAGAGGACUACAUAGCCUCGGGAAGUAAAGAUGGAAGAAUCAAGGUUUACAAAAAUCUCAGAUUCUCAGACGAACUCAGGGGGCAUUCUUCAGGAAUUAAUACCAUUGACUGUAAUGGAAAUUAUAUGGUGUCUGGAUGUGAUGGAGGAGAUGUUAUUGUUUGGAAGGGGUUUGUUCUUCACAAAAGAAUGAAGCAUAAUGCAGAGGUUAUCUCUGUUUCCAUAUCUCAAAACCGUCUUUAUGCAGCGUCUGGAUCGUUUGAUAAGUCGGUGAGACUGUGGAGCGUAGAUUCAGGCCAGCAGCUUCUAAUCUUUCGGCAUGUAGAUCUGGUUUACAAGGUCAAGAUGAUGAACGACCUGAUAGUUUCAUGUUCCAAAGAUAAGACUGUUAAGAUGUUUAGAGUAAGCAAAAAAAAAGUGGUAAGCGACUUAGUCUGUGAUGAUGAAGUGUACUGCUUCGACAUGGGAAGUGAAGGAGGGCUUGUGUGUGGAACAAAAAGUAAUAGAGUAUACUUUUUUAAUUGA